UUCCUAACGGCGUGAGAUUGCCAUUCUCACAGAACGCCAACACAGCCGCACAAUUGCAAAUACGAGUUCUUUUCACUUUCGUUGCGCUUCGCUCUACAGUUUAUUUGGCAAUUUGUGUGCUCAUUCAACAUCUGUGGUAUUGUGCCACCGUUUCGUGGCAGCAAGAUGAUGAAAAUCGGCGGAAAACCCAGAAGCAAAACCAGCAGAUAAUAAUAGAAGUCCAGCUGUGCGUGUGUGUUGGUGUGUGAUUUUGCAAAAAUAAAAAAAAAAACCGGAAAGCCAAAGCUCACCGACACGAAUACGGAUGUAGAUGCGGUUGCGAAUGCGGAUAUUAUCCACCUAAAGCGGAUAUUAUCUCCAAACACACAAAAUGCAAAUCCUGCAAGUGUUUUUGGCAACGCUGCUCUGUGGCUUCGUUUGCGGCGCCAAUAUCCUGGCGGUUUUUCCCAGUGUAUGGAAAUCGCAUUAUCUCUUUGGCCGGAGAAUACUGCAGGAGUUGGUGGAAAGUCGGGAAAAUCAUUCCGUGACUUUGAUCAGUCCGCAUGCCGGCUACCUGGAAAAUGGACGUACAAAUAUCCCCGAGAUCAGGGAGUUGCGAAUCGAGGGUCUGCGGGAAAAUUGGCUCGACAUGGGCAUGAGUUUCGAGGCCGAGGAAAUGCGUUCGCAAAGUGUGAUGGAAAGAUUCACCCGAAUGAUCUAUGCGGGCACCACCAAUGUGGAUAUCCUGCUAUCCGAUCCCCAGGUGCGAAAGCUCCUAACGAGUGGCGAAAAAUUCGACCUACUCAUAGUGGAUUUGUUUCUAAGCGAUGCUCUGCUUGGCUUGGCAUUCUACUAUGGCAUACCCACUGUUGCAAUCAGUCCAACUGGCGCCAAUUCCUGGCUGAACAAUAUGUUUGGUAAUCCCCAAUCCUCCUCACUGGAUCCCAGCAAUUUCCUGCCCUUCACGGAGAGAAUGAACACCUGGCAGAGGGUCCUAAACUCACUGAUGAGCACCUUCGAACGGUUGACCUACAACUUUUUCCACCUGAUCUCCCAGCAAUCGGUGUACACCAAUCACUUUGAGCUGCUCGUUAAGGAACUGCCGCUCUAUAGAGAUCUAACCAAGAACCUAAGCUUGGCCUUGAUCAACUCCCAUCCUGGUUUGCAUUAUCCACGUGCCUAUUUGCCAAAUAUGGUGGAAAUCGGAGGACUGCAUUUAAGCGACCCAAACGAACAACAAUUGGGAGCGCAUCUUUUGUCGUUCAUGGAAUCAGCUCCAAGUGGGGUGAUCUAUUUUAGUUUGGGUGCCGAUGUGCAAACAGCUCAGCUGCCUCAGGAGAAGUUGGCCAUCAUUCUCGAUGUGUUUGGUCACCUCAAGGAGUUUCAUUUCCUGGUCAAAUGGGAAAAGGAGGAGUUUGCAGCGGACCAAGAGCUGCCGGAGAACGUGAUGAUUGCUGAUUGGUGGCCACAGCAGGGGAUUCUGCACCAUCCGCAGGUCAAGAUGUUCAUUAGUAGCUGUGGACAGUUGAGCGUCUGGGAAUCGAUAAAUGGACAAAAGCCCAUACUUGCCAUACCCAUAUUGGCCGAUCAGGAGGUGAUGGCCAAGCGCCUGCAGCACCAUGGAGUCUCCUUGACAGUUGGCUACGACUCUAUCGCAUAUGAUUCCCUGCUUCAUGGAAUAAGGCAACUCACCCUCAAUACCAGUUAUGUGGAGAGGCUGGGUCAACUUAAGGAUCGACUGAUCAGCAGGGAUUCCUCGCCAGCCAAAAAGGCAGUACGGAAGAUCCAGCUUGUUUUGGAGUCCGGGGGAGCCGACUUCCUCAAAUCCCACGCCAAUACUUUGAAUUUUUGGAGAGCCGAGGGCGUGGAUUUGCUGCUUAUAAUAGCCCUGGGCUUUUGUGGAAUUUUAAUCAUUCCCUUCUUGGCCAUUUGUAUUAUUCUGAGAAAAUCCUACCACAGUCAGGCGGCACAGGAUCAACCUUCGUACAGAACCAAUCUGAAAGUGGUUGGAAGAGUUCAUAGCUAUGGAGAGCCGGGGAGUUGUAGAUCUCCGAAAGGAACUGAGACACUCAGAAGAACGCGAUCGGCUCAAUCCCUAUCGGCUCGGUCCAGCUCUUCGAGCAUGAGUUCCACGUCGCCAAGCCCAUCGACAGCGUCCACCACGCCGCUGGACCUGACUCCACCGCCUGCGAUUCAACUCCUCGGUCAGGUACCGCCACUACAGCUGUACGUGAAUCACCAACGGAUAAACUCAGGCGAUCGAAAGACAUCACAGGAGGAAAACGGAGAACGAAGGUUCUCAUAACGAUAUAUCUCCCGACGAAUCGUAUAACUAAAACUUAUGGUGGGUCAAACAGCAAGGAAGUAAGUUCCCUUUCGAUUGUCUAAAGAGUACCUUCCGAGCCCGCGUCACAAAAAAUGAUCCACCCUUAACUAAUCCUAUAAAUAUCGACUAGUAUUAAGUGUAAAUUUUUGUUAUUGUGGAUAUGUGAAAGAAAAAUUUUCGUUUUAUGUUUAAAUAAGUUUUAAUGUUUAUAAAUUGUACAUAAUUUUGAAUGAUUUUGGUUUCUAUAAAUUUUGUGUGAACGAAAGUUCCGAUUUUAAACUGAGGAUAUAUGUAUAUAUAUCCAACCAAGUAUAACAAUGAUUUGGGUAUUCGAAAUUGAUUUCAUAUUGCUGAUAUUAUUGUCAGAGCUCAUUGCCGCAAUCCUUUUCAACUAAUAUUUCAAUUCAAAGACUGAACAACCACUUUCGUAUACCCCUUAAAUGACAAAGUUAAGCUUAAAAGACACAAUAAUUGCGGUUAAACUGCAAGGGUUCAGCUAAAAAUGCAUCUAAACAUUGUUAAUUUCAAAACGAAGUUACCGACAUAAAUGCAAUGGUAAAUUUAUUAGUGGAGCUACAUUUUGUACAAUAGGGAAACUAUUUGCAAUUUUUAGUUCGGUUUAGUUUGCUUAAAAUACUUAAGAUAAGAAUAAUUUUAUAAAGCCAUGUAUGAAUUGUUGAAUAAAAUAUAAAAUAAUCACCAGA